AUGGACUGCAUCAAUGGCCAGGAGAUCUCACCACAAACAGAAGAAUUAUGUGCAAAUCCACCCUCAAAACCUGAAGGAUGUCCAUCCAAAACAAGUUCAAAGCCCCCCAAGAAACGCCACACCCAUACAAGGUUCCUUGGUGUGAGACAGAGGCCCUCAGGAAGGUGGGUGGCUGAGAUUAAAGACACUUCACAGAAGCUGAGGCUAUGGUUAGGAACCUUUGAUAGAGCUGAAGAUGCUGCCAUGGCUUAUGACAAUGCUGCAAGGCUUCUAAGAGGUAGGAAUGCAAAGACCAACUUCCCUUCCAAUGACACCAACAUGACCCUUGAAAGGAAGUGUACCAUUCUAUCAAAAAACCCUAGAUUUUAUCAACUCCUCCACCAUGCAAUCAUGAGAAGCCAUGCAAAGGCCACAUCCUUGCAUGCCCAUGUUACAAAAGAUCAUGAAAAGAGAUUAGAUGAUUAUGGUUUCAAUGACAUCAGUUCAUGUGUACAUGAAACAAUAGUUUGUUCAUCUCAUGAUAGUAGUGUGAAUUUGGACGGUGGAUCUGAAGAUCAUGGCCAUCAUGGGAGAAGUGGGCCAUGUGGGUUUUCAUUGGGUGGUAGUAAGGUGUACUCUACUGUUCAUGUAGCUCCUUCUUUUAGUGCUUCAUUGCAUCAAGGAGAAGAAGAAGUGACUAGAUGUGGAGAGAAUCAAUCAUAUGAACUUCCCUUAGAAAAUGGAUUUGUGUGA